AUGGGCAAGGACGCUUCUUUCGCUCCCGGUGACUCCGCCAAGGGUGCCAAGCUCUUCCAGACUCGUUGCGCUCAGUGCCACACCGUUGAGGCUAACGGUGGCCACAAGGUCGGCCCCAACUUGCACGGUCUCUUCGGCCGCAAGACCGGUCAGUCCGAGGGCUACGCCUACACCGACGCCAACAAGCAGGCUGGUGUCACCUGGGAUGAGAACACUCUGUUCUCCUACCUUGAGAACCCCAAGAAGUUCAUCCCCGGUACCAAGAUGGCCUUCGGUGGUCUCAAGAAGGGCAAGGAGAGGAACGACCUCAUCACUUACCUCAAGGAGAGCACCGCUUAA